UCGCAGCGCCGAGUUACAUUUCACCUGCCGGAUGGUUCUCAGGAAAGCUGCAGUGACAGUGGGCUAGGAGACCAUGAGCCCAGCAGCACCGCUAGCACAGCACAUCCUCUGCCACUUGGUUUCCCGCAAGAGGAGUACUAUGAGCAGACAUCACCCAACAGUCGGACAGAGGGAGAUGGCAAUUCAGAUCCAGAGUCCA